GACGACUGCUCUUACGACCACCAUGGCGGCAAGGUCCACAAUCGCUCGCCUCAUCAACGCGGCACAACACACAGCAUGCCCUUGCCACGGAGGCGCACAUCAUCAUGGGAUGCACCAUCCCGGUGUCCUGAAUCAACUGAGGCGCUUUGCGUCGCCCGUAGACGCAGUGAAGAAGGAAUACGCGUUUGAGGUCGCCGCUUCCAAUCUGCGCUUUGGGGACGGUGUCACGCAGGAAGUCGGCAUGGAUCUGGCGAACAUGAAAGCCCGCAAGGUCGGGGUGCUGACAGACGAGAACGUCGCGAAGUUGGGGCCCAUGAAAGCCACAUUGGAUUCUCUCGAAUCCCAGUCUUUGGAGUUCGAGGUCCUGACCCUUCCUGCCGGUGAACCUACCGAACAGAGCUGGGCUGACGCGAUUUCAUGGUCUCGGGGACACGACUUCAGCCACUUCCUCGCGGUGGGCGGUGGUAGUGUGAUCGACACAGCGAAGGCCGCCAAUCUGUUUGGGGUCUACAAGGAUGCGGAUCUGUUCGACUUUGUGAAUGCCCCCAUUGGCAAAGGUCUCCCGAUCACGCAAACUCUCCGACCUCUAAUUGCGGUUCCGACCACUGCAGGAACAGGCUCGGAGACCACGGGAACAGCCAUUCUUGACAUCCCUUCACGAUCGUUUAAAACCGGGAUCGCCAACCGGGCCAUGAAACCUGUUCUUGGGAUUGUAGAUACGCAGAACACGGCUACUUGCCCUACAGCCGUGCAUAUCAGUGCCGGACUGGACGUGCUUUUCCACAGUCUUGAGAGCUACACAGCUAUCCCUUACACUGAACGUACCCCGCGACCGGCCAACCCGAUUCUCCGGCCAGCCUAUCAGGGCUCGAAUCCCGUAGCCGAUGUGUUUUCCCUCUGGGCGCUCCAGACCACCGUGACAUAUCUCCCCCGGGUCGCCAAGGAUCGCGAGGAUGAGGAGGCUCGCCGACAGAUGCUGCUUGCUGCCUCGUUUGCUGGAAUUGGAUUCGGAAAUGCAGGGGUUCACUUAUGUCACGGCAUGUCUUAUCCGAUUUCUGGACUGAAUAAGAAGGGACCCGGAUACAAGCAUCCCGGAUAUCUAAACAACGACAAGCCGAUUAUUCCGCACGGUGUUUCUGUAGCGAUUACAGGACCUGCCGUGUUCCAAUUCACAGCACCUUCAGCACCCGAUCGUCACCGACAGGCCCUGGCCAUCUUCCAGGGCAAGACCACCUCCGACCCUUCCAUAAGCCGCAUUCCUGAUCGUGAAAUUGGGGCUCAUUUGUAUGACGCGAUCGCUCAGUUCCUGGACGGUCUCGGUGUCCCUCGGGGCCUGAAAGCGCUCGGUUACACUGCAGCGGACAUCGACAUGCUUGUCGAUGGAACGUUGCCCCAGCGUCGUGUUUUAGAUCUUGCUCCUGGUAUCGGAGACAUCGUAGGCGAAGAUGGUCGGAUGCACAUUGCCAAAAUGCUGCAGAAUUCGCUCGAAUACUGAUUGCAGUACAUGAUGCGUGACGCGGCUUAUGUAAUAGACACCGUGCUUGAAUUCCAUCAACUAAGGCUACUGCUACCAACACUACCAUGUCGCGUCGCUCUGUGUUCAGGCCAUGCAUCGAUCUCCACGACGGACAGGUGAAGCAAAUUGUCGGAGGAACUCUCUCCGAGGCAUCUCCUGCGUCUUUGAAGACCAACUUUGUUUCGAGUAAAUCUGCGGGCGAAUUCGCUCAACUGUACCGGAAACACAAUCUUGAGGGAGGGCACGUCAUCAAACUCGGACCUGGAAACGACGAGGCCGCAAAAGAGGCGCUUGCUGCUUGGCCAGGAGGUCUACAGAUCGGUGGCGGUAUUAAUGACGGCAACGCGCAAACCUGGCUUGACGUCGGGGCGAGCAAGGUCAUCGUCACCUCUUUCCUCUUUCCGGGGGGCCGCUUUUCUCAAAAACGGUUAUCGAAUCUUGCCGCGGCCGUCGGAAAGGACAGGCUCGUAGUUGAUGUCAGUUGUCGACGCCGAGGAGAUGCCUGGUUCGUCGCCAUGAAUAAAUGGCAAGACAUCACAGACAUGGAGGUCAAUAAAGAGUCUUUGGACAUGCUGGCGCAGUUCUGCAGUGAAUUCCUUAUCCAUGCUGCAGAUGUCGAGGGACUGUGCAAGGGUAUUGACGAAGCUCUGGUCGCCAAAUUAGGUGAAUGGGUAUCCAUUCCUUGCACUUAUGCCGGUGGCGCGAAAAGUAUCGAGGAUCUCGAAUUGGUCCAUCAUCUCUCCAGAGGAAAAGUUGAUCUAACCUACGGAAGGUGGGUUCUCAUCCUCCCAUCCUAGCAUCGCUGCUGACGACGACGAAUGCAGCUCUUUAGACAUUUUUGGUGGAACUCUAGUAAUAUUCGAUGAUCUUGUUGCAAAAAAUAGAAAUCACGCUUGAGCGACCAGAUGCUGACUAAUGAGUUGUAUAGUCACGAGACGUGACUUCUCGUGACAUCCUCCAUCCCUCACACAUUUCCUCAAGGUAAUUAUCCUCGCCCGAGCGCUCUCUCCUUCGAUCCCGACUCCUUUGUGCAGACUCCGACACGAUGCCCGGCAAGGUCAAGGCUUACGAACUCCAGUCCAAGUCCAAAAAUGACUUGUCGAAACAACUGGUCGAGCUCAAGAACGAGCUCUUGACCCUGCGGGUCCAGAAAAUUGCUGGUGGAUCAGCGUCGAAGCUGACGAAGAUCAACACUGUCCGCAAGUCGAUCGCUCGUGUCCAGACCGUCAUGACCCAGAAGGCCCGGCAAAAUCUGCGUGAUUACUACAAGAACAAGAAGUACUUGCCGCUUGACCUCCGUGUGAAGAAGACUCGUGCUAUCCGGCGGCGUCUGACCAAGCACGAAUCAUCGGUGAAGACCUUGAAGCAGCGCAAGAAGGACUUGAACUUCCCGAUCCGAAAAUAUGCCGUCAAGGCAUAGGUACCCGUGUAGUUCACUAUUCCGUCUACUAUGUCCCAUGUCUGCCUCUAUGUUACACAUGCUCUCAUCGCGCACUCUGUACACGUCGGUGGAAUCUUGAUAAAAUUCAAAACAAAAAAUGUGAAACAAUUCGCCAUCAGGCUCACGCAUCAUGAUCAGACGAGCAUCAUGCGUUGCGUCUUUCACAUCGGUCUUGAUUGAACGCAGAGGAGCUCGUCAUCUUCCUCCACCUCAAUCACGGCGUUCCUCUCCUCAACCCCUUCAUUUUCUCCCUGGCCCGUGUCUUUUCUCAUUCUUUCUAAAUAACCUCGCGCCGCCAAAUACACAUCGUCAGCUGUUUUCACCGCGGCCAUCGCAAGAGGAAGCAAUUCCGAAAGUGAUACCAUCGUUACGGCCCACGGAUUCCUGAACACUCCCACAAUCCUCCGCUCAGCUAGUGGCCUAUCAACACUGUAAUGACGCCCAAAUCCUCUACCAUUGAAGAACCCCAGGGCCGUAUGAGGGAGCCCGUCCCCAUACCCAGCAGCAAUCCCGCGAGCCAGUACACGCUCCUCGAAAAGCUGGGAACGGGGAGUUUCGGGACGGUCUACAAGGCGAUGCACAAUGAAACGAAGCAGAUUGUAGCCAUAAAGCAGAUAGAUCUGGAGGAUUCCGACGACGAUAUCUCUGAAAUCCAGCAGGAAAUUGCGAGUCUUGCCCAGUGCGACUCGGAGUAUGUCACUCGAUACUACGGCUCGUUCGUUGUCUCGUACAAGCUGUGGAUCGUCAUGGAGUAUCUGGCCGGCGGGUCAUGCCUCGACCUCUUGAAGCCGGGCACCUUCUCUGAGGCUCACAUUGCUGUCAUCUGUCGUGAGCUUUUGCUCGGUCUCGACUAUCUCCACACAGAAGGGACCAUUCACCGUGACAUCAAAGCUGCCAACAUCCUGUUGUCCUCAUCAGGCAAAGUCAAGUUGGCGGACUUUGGCGUUGCCGCGCAGCUCACCAGCACGUUACGGCACACCUUUGUUGGGACGCCGUUUUGGAUGGCUCCUGAGGUGAUUCGGCAGGCUGGGUACGACGCGAAGGCUGAUAUGUGGAGCUUGGGAAUCACGGCGAUUGAGAUGGCCAAGGGUGAACCGCCACUGGCAGAGUAUCAUCCCAUGCGUGUUCUCUUCUUGAUUCCGAAAGCCAAGCCCCCAGUGCUGGAAGGCACCUUCUCCUCCGCGUUCAAGGAUUUUGUCACUCAGUGUUUGACGAAGGAUCCCGCCGCUCGUCCAACAGCAAAUGAAUUACUGCAACACCGAUUUAUUCGCGGCGCGCGCAAAACCUCGUAUCUGACUGAGCUCAUCGAACGGUAUCAGGAUUACCGCGCACGGUCUCCUCCUAAAGCACAGCAGAUGUACCAGGCUACGGUCAAAGGAUGGGACAGCACAAUCCGGAGCGAUUGGAACUUCGACACCAUCAAAUCCUCCGCCUCAGCUAUGGGCACUUUCCGUAGCAUGGCGAAGGAUCUUGACAUGGUUCCGGAUAUGGAGUCUGAGGAAGACGGGUCGGAUUUUGAAGAGACCACGGACUCGGUUGACACUGGGAACGCAACCAAGGGGAGCGAUCCGAUUCAGAUCGCUCGCAGCGUGGGCCUGAACCCUCAGGCGGGGCACUCAACCGUGGUGAUUCGGUCGCCAGUUUCGGAGAAGGAUAUUCCGGCUUUGCUCGCGGACACUGCCUCUGCUGAGACGACCUCAGACAGUCCACAUACACCGCCGCAAGAGAACUUGGGUCUGGGGGCGCCACCUGCUUAUUCGGGAUCUGUGCGGGGUAGCCGGCGGGCUUCUUACGCGGCCCGAACAUCUGUGCAAGGCGCUGGGACGGUCAUGCGGGAGGCUGACCUCGGCACCGGCGUGGACACGAUCAGACCUGUCAAGAAAGUCGACACGGCGGGCUCUUUGCGAUUGUCGGCGGACUUUGUUGGGAACAUGCGCAGAGAGGGUAGCGGCAGUAGCUCCACUCCAACAUCACCGACAUCAGGGGGUCGUCGAGUGGCCAGCGAAGCCUCGAAAGCGGGGCGGACCUUGAUUGACGAUGUUGUGACUCCCGUUUUACAAAGGGCAAUUCAUGAUGAUAUGGAUGCUCGGGAAAUAGAGUCUCUGAGCAUGCUGUCGAGAGGAUUUACAGAACUCAAAGAAACGAACCCCGAGCUGGCUUACAAUAUCAUUCUCGAUAUCCUCAGCGGCAUCAACGACAACACUGCUGUCCGACAACAUGUACAAACGGCUCGAGGCCUGUUCCCUCACAGACGAAUUAUCCGCAAGAGCGAGAUGACUGCGAAAGGAUUGGUUGUGACCGAAGUGCAGGAGGAUGUGACUGGCCUUCCAUCGAGCGCGGAUCCGACCGACGCAGAAGAGCCUGCAGCCAAGAAAUCUCCUAUUGCUGAGCUACUAUACAUGCGAUGGCUCGAAGGCUUGCGGCUGAAAUGGCCCAGCCUGACGUGAUGAUUCAUUUAUUUUUUUGCUAUCCGUGCUUACUCCUCAUGUCUGUUUAUUCACACUCACGAGACACGACUAUUACGAAUAUCUCAUGUGAUCUCUCGAUACGUUUAGCGUACAUACCACCAUAUCACAAGUAAUUGACGCCCAAGUAAUCGACUA